UCUACCAAUACUUUUCUUUUUUCAAUUUCAAUCCUCCACUGUACAACCCUCUGCAAGAAGAAGAAGGCUCGCAACAAUGGUGGUGGCGUCCGUCCACCAAUGAACAAUGUGUACAAACUCCACGCCCAUCUUCUCAAAACGGGUCUACACGAAGACCCAUCUUCCCUCCACCGUCUCCUGCUAUCGUGCGCCGCCUGCGCACCCGACAGCUUAUCCUAUGCACGCUCCCUCUUCGCCAACAUUCACUCGCCCGAUACUUUGGCUUUCAACACUAUCAUCAGAGCCCACUCCCACUCCUCUCCUCUCCACGCCCUCUCUUUCUUCACUCUCAUGCGCCGUCGUUUUGUCUCCCCUGAUCACUACACUUUCCCCUUCGUUCUCAAGGCUGGUUCUCGUCUUCGAGUAGGAUUUGAAAUACAUUCUUUGAUAAUGAAGCUGGGUUUUCACUCUGACAUUUAUGCGAUGAAUGGGUUGAUUAGUUUUUAUGGGGGUUUGAAAUAUGUUGAAUUUGCACGCCAAGUGUUCGAUGAAAUGACUGUUAAAGAUUUGAUUUCGUGGUCUUCGAUGAUUUCUUGUUUAAACAACAAUGGCUUGUGGUACGAGGCAUUGUGUUUAUUCAAACAAAUGCAGAUAGUUGGGAAUUUUAAGGCUGAUGAAGUUACCAUGCUUAGUGUAAUAUCUGCGGUUUCGAGUUUAGGGGCGUUGGAGUUGGGGCGAUGGAUUGAUAGUUUUGUUAGAAGGAGUGAUUUGAAGCUUACUGUUCCAUUGGGUACUGCUUUGAUCGAUAUGUAUUCAAGAUGUGGGUCGGUUGAUGAUUUUAUCAGAAUAUUUGAUGAAAUGCCUGAGAGAAAUGUUUUAACAUGGACGGCAUUGAUUAAUGGACUUGCAGUGCAUGGGCGUGGCAGGGAGGCAUUGAGAGCGUUUGAUGAGAUGAAGGAAUUGGGUUUGCAGCCUGAUGAUAUUACUUUUCGUGCUGUUUUGGUGGCUUGUAGUCAUGGUGGUUUAGUUGUUGAUGGAUGGCGAGUCUUUGAUAGCAUUAAGAAUGAACAUAACAUCGAACCAAUGCUUGAACAUUAUGGUUGUAUGGUUGAUCUACUUGGUCGUGCGGGCUUGGUGAAUGAAGCCUUUGAGUUUGUGGAAAAGAUGCCCAUCAGGCCUAAUGUAGUUAUUUGGAGGACUUUGCUAGGAGCUUGUGUGAAUCAUAAGAAUGUUGACUUGGCAGAGAAAGUGAGAGAAAGGAUAUAUGAGCUAGACCCUAGUCAUGAUGGUGAUUAUGUGCUUUUGUCAAAUGCAUAUGGUGGAAUUGGUAAAUGGGUUGAGAAGGCAGUGGUGAGAACUUCGAUGAGGGAGAAGAGAAUCAGCAAGGAACCUGGGUAUAGUUAUCUUAAUGUGGAUGGAGUUAUUCAUGAGUUUGUAUCCGGAGAUAAUUCUCUUCCCAAAUCAGAUGAAACUAAAGAUUUUUUAGUUUCCAUUAUUCGUAGUCUCAGUGAUGAAGGUUAUAUUCCCUGUACAUCCAGUGUGUUACAUGAUAUAGAAGAUGAGGAGAAGGAGUAUAGUGUAAGUUAUCAUAGCGAAAAGUUGGCAUUUGCUUUUGCACUACUCAAUUAUAAAGAUAGAAAGACCAUCAGGAUAAUGAAGAAUCUUCGAAUUUGUCGUGAUUGUCAUUGUUUCAUGAAGCAUGUUUCCCAUAAGUUUAACAGAGAAAUUAUCAUACGAGAUCGAAAUCGCUUCCACCAUUUUAGUGACGGAUCUUGUUCUUGCCAAGAUUACUGGUGACAAAUUCUCCACUUCAGCCGUCUAUACUGAAACUGUUAUUCAAUUUAUAAAUAACAUAUACAAAACUGUUCCUUGUUUAGAUAUAAGCUUAUCACUUAUAAUUCUACCAAAAUAUUGCAUAU